AUGGGCGGCAAGAUCACGACGAUCGGUCAGCUGCAAGGCAAGAAGCAAGGCGGCCACAAGGCGUCAAAGCAGCUCCAUCCCAAAUCUCGCCGUGCGCAACAGCUCAUCCGCAUAGGCCUGCGAGAUCAGCGCAUCAGCCAUGGCAAGAAGGAGCGUAGGGAGAUCCACAAGACAAAGACGGAGCGUUACCUCUGGUUCGCGCACGCGAUGGAUCCCGAGGAAGAGUCCAUGUCGGUCGAAGACAUUCACGAGCUCAUCAGGCUCUACUUGAGCCGGCACGACGAAGAGAUUGCCGAGGAGGUCAGAGCGAGGAGGAAAGGUCGCCCGAAGAGCAAGCGACACGAAGCGCUCGAGACUGACCGCGAUGGCGGCAAAGCAGACUACAAGCUUCAUGGCUUCGUUGUGCCCGACUUGAGCAGCGUCGAAUGCGUCAAGCAACUCGGACUCUGGACGAGAGAGGACUCCGGCGCACAGCAAGGUUUCCUGCCUCGCAUACGACUCAUUCGCCUCUACAGCCAAGACUCGGCACAGCACGACCAGAUCGUCGUCGUACAGGAAGGCAUCAAGGAAUCCUUCGCUCAACGGUCUGUCAUGCCAAAGAGCAAGAAAGCCUCUCGACGGGAUGCCGGCAAACCACAGGAGGAGUCCACCAAGCGGCUGCUCCACAUGGCCGAGCAGCGCAAGGCAGCUCAAGCCGAUGCAUCUUCCGUUCCUCUGCCUGCCAUGGACGUCGAUGACGCUCUGUAG